GUUAGGGCUCCAUAAUUUACCUAAGUUCUAAAAUUUAAUCUUUCUCUCUCGACAACGAACAUAUCGAGCUUUCAGACUCUACAGAAAUGGAGUACGUGAGCCCCGAAGGACUCCGUUUGGAUGGACGUCGUCCCCUGGAGAUGAGACAGCUUCGAGCAGAAUUAGGAGCUGUUUCCAGAGCUGACGGGUCCGCAGUUUUUGAGAUGGGUAACACCAAAGUCAUCGCUGCAGUUUAUGGUCCUCGAGAGGUCCAACAAAGAAGCCAGCAAUUGAAUGACAAAGCACUGAUAAGAUGCGAGUAUACCAUGGCUAAUUUCAGUACAGGAGAUCGAAUGAGAAAACCAAAGGGUGACAGGAGAUCCACUGAGAUUUCUUUAGUUAUUCGUCAAACAAUGGAAGCAUGUAUACUGACACACCUAAUGCCCCGUUCGCAAAUUGACAUUUUUGUCCAAGUUCUUCAAGCAGAUGGAGGAACAAGAUCCGCUUGCAUAAAUGCUGCAACAUUAGCCCUUGCAGAUGCUGGCAUUCCAAUGCGUGAUCUUGUUACUUCAUGUAGUGCUGGAUAUCUAAACAGCACUGCCCUUCUUGAUUUGAAUUAUGUUGAAGAUAGUGCUGGUGGCCCUGAUGUUACUGUGGGAAUUUUACCAAAGUUAGAUAAAGUUACUCUUCUUCAGAUGGAUGCAAAGUUGCCAAUGGAUAUUUUUGAAAAUGUGAUGCAAUUGGCUACAGAAGGAUGUAAAGCAGUGGCAAAUUAUAUCCGAGAAGUGUUGAUAGAGAACACAAAACAACUAGAAAAUCGGCGUGGAGUAUGAAAGAUAAUAGAUAUCAAGUUAUGAAUUUUGUAAAAGUUGAAGCUUUUUUUUUUUUUUUUUUUUCUGAAAAGUAUUUUGUAACGUG